AUAAGCUAGUUUGCCAACCGCCAAUAAACACCAAAGAAGAAGGAGAAGUAUGCGGAACCCUUGACAAAGACAGUUCUUCUGUUUCUGCAGGAACUUUGGAGGUUUCAUCUGAGAGGCGGACAUGAUCUCCACGGUCCAGAACACCGACGUGAAGCAGAAGGAUGCUGAUCGUGCAGUGGUGGUCGCGGUAACGUCUCGUGCAGUGUUUGAAUCUGGAGCUGGUGAUGGUGACGAGGUGUACGGAAUGGGCGUGGCUUUCCCGCUGCUGCAGGCGCUGCAGAAAGUGAACGAACGUCUGCUGGAAGAAAAUCCUGCUGAGUCGCUGUUGUUUGAUGUCGUUCUGAUCACCACCGACAGCGAGCAACAGCAGCAGAGCUCCCGCAUCAUCAACAGUACCAGACAUUACGGUCUUGAAGUCAGCAGGUUCUGUUUUUCCAGCGAGGAGGAUUUCAUCGAGAGUUUGCUGAAAAAUAAUGUGCAUCUCUUCCUGUCGACGGACAGAAACGAGGCGCCACAGGCAUCACAGAAAGGUGUUCUCUCGGUGCUGCUGGACCGGCAGGUAGCUCCGUCAGAGCAGCUCAGAGUAUUGUUCUGCGGGGACGCCGUCGUCCGGCCUGACACUGGACCAAUGCCGGCGAGCCGACAGGCCGCUCAGAGUUUCUCGGCUCAGCUUGGCGAGAUGCGGCAGAGGUUCGGCAUGUUGGACAGCCCUCUCAGCAUCGUCCUGGUGACGUCACGCGGCGGCAGGGAAAGCUGCAGCGGCGCCCUGAGGACGCUGCGAUCCCGCGGCGUCAGCGUAGACGAGGCGUACUGUCUGGCCGGGGCCCCGCGGAGCCCCAUCCUGUCCCUGCUCCGACCUCACUUCCUGCUCAGCGACGGCUUCAGUGGCCUGGAGGACUGAUGACAUCAUGAGGGGGGGAUGUACUGUUACAUGACCUCACAAAAAACUCCACUGUGUCUUUGAAACAAGCUGCCAAACCCUCAGAUUGAACUCAAAGUUAAACACCUGUUGGAAUAAAUCGUUUCAGCUCAUUGAGCCUUAAAGAGCCAAUCAGUGAUCCUGAUGUAAAGCUAAGCCCCGCCCACCACCAACACUCAAACAACAGGAUUGGACACUGUCACACAGCAGUAAACCGAUUUUAUAUAUUUUGUUGACAAACAUGUAUUUUUUUAUUUUAGUUCUGUAAUUGGAUGCUCUAAAUAAACGUGAAUGAAACAGCAUGUGUGUAACUGUAUUAGUCCAGUAGAGAGCAGUCUAACUGCAAACAGUGAGAUAUUAUGGAGACGUCGAUGUGCUGAAAGAUAGUAUUUUUUGUAUCUUGUAUCUUCUCAUGAAUGGGUCUGCCCCGAUGGUCUUGACAGAUGGAUAUGGAUGAUAUCCACAUAUUAAAUAUUAAAAAGAAAAAG